AUGAGUGUCCAGAACCCCCUGAGAGUCCAGAACCUUGCAGGAAAGAGCCUACUAACCGAUGAGGCCUUGGCCAUUUCUGCUCUGGAGUAUCUGCCCAUUGAGCUCUUCCCCCAACUCUUCAUGGAAGCAUUCUGUGGAAGACACAGUAAGACCUUAAAGGCCUUGGUGCAAGCCUGGCCCUUUGUCUGCCUGCCUCUGGGGGGCCUGAUGCAGACACCUCAUCUGGGAACCUUACCAGCAGUGCUGGAUGGCCUUGAUGUCUUGCUUGCACAGAAGGAUCAGCCCAGGAGGUGCAAACUGUGUGUGCUGGAUUUAAGGAAUUCUGGCCAGGACUUCUGGAGAAUGUGGUCUGGAUCCAAGAUCCCUGUGUCUUCAAGCUCAUCAAUGGUACCAGGGGCUGUGGACAGUUUGAGGGCCGAGAAGCCCUUGGCUCCCUUCGAGGUGUUCAUAGAACUUCAUCUCAAGGAAAAGAGCAUGGAUGGAUUUCUCACCUACCUCCUAGAGUGGGUGGAGGAGAGGAAAGCUUCCAUACACCUGUGCUGUAAGAGGCUGAGUAUUCUUUCAUUUCCCAUGGAAAAUAUUAUGAGGGUCCUGAGCAUGGUGCGACUGGACUGUAUCCAGGAGUUACACGUGAAUUGCACCUGGUAUUUGCCCACCCUGGCCAUGUUUGCUCCUCUCCUGGGCCAGAUAAGCAAAGUGCAGAGACUCCUCAUCUCCCACAUCCACCUGCCAGCUCCCACGGAGCAGGACAAGCAGCACAUUGUCAAAAUUACAUCUCAGUUCCUGAGGAUGCACCACCUCCAGUAUCUUCAUCUGGAAUCCCCCUUCUACCUUGAAGGCUGCCUGGACCAGAUGCUCAGAUUCAGACCUGACCAUCUGUCCCAAAGUCAGAAAGUUAGCCAGCUAAAGGGCCUGAAUCUGAGUGGUGUCAUGAUGACCUACUCUAGCCCUGAGCUCCUCCCAGCUCUGCUGCAGAAAGUUCCAGCCACCCUCUAUCUGCGUGGAAACUUCCUCUCCAUGGCCACAAUGGAGAAGAUGCUGCGACACACCUCCGGAAUGCUCAGUUUAAGUCGAGAGCUGCACACUGUCCCUCGGGAUAGUCUCAGCUCUCAGGGGAUCCUCCAGCCAAGUAGACUUGCCCAGUGUCGGACUGAAUUGCUGGAGAUUCUGAAGGACUUGGGACGUCCCAGGACCAUCUGGAUUUGCUUCACCCCCUGUCCACACUGUGGAGAUAACACAUUCUAUCAUCCUGAGCCCAUCAUAUACAGCAGUAACACCCUUACCUAG